AUGCCGCUGGUGUCCACCAAGCCGCCGGCUACAUGGCACAGACGGUUUGCAUGGUAUAUUCUCUCGUCACAAGAUCGGGCAGCGUUCGAUGAGUCUAUGAGAAGGAUUGAUCAGUGGGACUUUGAUCGUUUGAUUCCUUGCCAUGGUGAUACUAUCGAGACUGGUUCCAAGGGGAUCUUCCGCGAUGUUAUGGCAUGGCACUUGGAUCGGAAGAAUACGUAG